AUGGUUCACAUUGAUUUCUCUGAAAAUUAUGCAUGCAAGUACUCAGACGAGAUCCAGUCAAUGCAUUUUGGAGGCUCCAGAAAUCAGCUUUCUCUCCAUACGGGCGUUAUUUAUCUUCGAGAUGAAGUGAUCCCAAUUUGCACUGUGUCCGAUUUUCUGCGGCACGAUCCCGCGGGUAUUUGGGCUCAUCUCACACCCAUUUUGAAAUAUGUCACAGAAGAUAGGAAUCUCACAAGCAUUCAUUUCAUAAGUGAUGGGCCAACUGCCCAAUACCGCAAUAAAAAUAACAUUUACUUGUGGGGACAUAAGAUCGCUGAGUACGGCUUCAAGAAAUCUACUUGGAAUUUCCUAGAAGCAGCACAUGGGAAAGGUGCCGCUGAUGGCGUCGGCGCUGCUGUAAAACGUGCAGCCGACCAACAGGUCAUAUUGAAAAAGAAUGACAUAACGACUUCUAUCAGCUUUUAUCUGGUGUUGCCAGCAGACGAUGAAGGCGAGCAAUUGAAACAAGCUACUGAAGAGACGUCUAAGGAGAUAACAGUUCUGGAAAAAAUUGUAUGUGUAGAAGAAUCUCUCGUUGGAGGAUAUGUGGUCGUAAACUAUGAUGGUAUGCCAUACCCUGGUGUUGUGCAAGCUGUCGCUGAAAAUGAUCUUGAAGUACAGGUUAUGCACAGAAUCGGCAGAAAUCGCUUCUUCUGGCCGAGGAUGGAAGAUGUGCUGUGGUAUAGCCAGGACAACAUUAUAACACUGCUCCAAAAAGAACCAGAGCAAGUUACGUCAAGACACCGACAGAUACCACCUCAUCUGUAGAUGUUAAUUGAGCAAGAACUCGGCCUAUAAAUGGCAUUAAAACAAAACUAGCACUUUUGAGCAACCAAUACUAUACAACACAAAUAUCAUAUGUGUUGGGUAUAAACGA